AUGAUUGUACAUAAAAUCAAUUUAACUGAAGAAGAAUUGGGAAAAUACUUACGAGGUGAAGAACAGAUUAAAAUAGAAAUACAUGAUAAAAAUGAGGUCAUAAUUGAAAAGAAAAUCCUAGCUAAAAAGACAACUAAUAAUGGAGGGAAAAGAAAAAGUUGUGGAGUCUGUGAAGAAAAUGCUGAGAUAAAGAAAAAAAAAAAAGAAGAUAAAGUGGAAAAAUUUAUCAAAGAAGUGAGCACACCAAUUAAAGGAAAUGAGAGAAUGACGUUAGAAAGUCAAUUCACUGGAAUUGACAAUCAGAAUGAGGAAAUUAAUGAUAUAGAAAAAUUAGUGGAAAAAUAUCUUGACUUAGGAGAUAUAAACUCCAGAGCAAUUCAAAAAUGGUAUUUUCUCGGACGAGAUUUUGAACGAAAGGUGGAGGAAAUGAAGAAUCAAGGAAGGAAGAAGAAAUCAGAACAAACAGCCAGGAGAGAUUUGUACAAUGAAAUGAUGGGACUACUAGUAAAAGGGGAUGAAGAUGCUGAAGAAAAACUUAGAGUAAGGGGAGCAUUAAAGGAAAGGAUGCAAGGAGCUGUAAAAAUAUAUGAAUUAUUUAUUGAAAUCAGACAAGACAAAAUAAAUAGAAUAAAGGAAACAUUUGUGACAACAAUAAUAAAAUUUACAGAAUCAGAAAAGAAGGAGAUAAUCGGACAUUUUAGGAAUUAA